CACUGCUGGGCUGCACUGGUGGGCGGCACUGGUGGGCGGCACUGGUGGGCAGCACUGGUGGGUGGGCACAGGUGGGUGAGGUGGGUGGCACUGGUGGGCACAGGUGGGUGGGCGGCACUGCUGGGCACAGGUAGGUGGCACUUCUGGGCACAGGUAGGUGGCACUGCAGAGUGGCACAGGUGGGUGCACUGCUGGGCACAGGUGGGUGCACUGCUGGGCACAGGUGGGCGGAGCUAGUGGGCGCACUGCUGGGCAUAGGUGGGCGGAACUUGCGGGCGGCACUGCUGGGCACCGAUCAUCAGGGCACUGAUCAUCAGUGCCCUGAUGAUCGCGUGUCAUUGGACACCGCUGAUCACGUGGUA